CGUCUUCAGUAACACUGACAACAAUUUCUCAUACGCAAUCAUGAAGUGCAUCGCAGCUGUAGUCAUGAUGGCCCUGGCCGCCGUUGCCGACGCUGGACUCGCCCCGUUGUACUACGGUGCCCCAUUGGCCCUGGCCGCUCCGCAUACGACGGUGGUACAGAGUAACUCGGAACCGAAGUUGAUCGCCACCGCUCCAGCGCUUGCUCCCCUUGCAUACGCCCAUGCCCCUCUGGCUUACGCUGGUGCUCCGUUGACCUACGCUGCUCCGUAUUACUAUGGCGCUCCGCUGGCCUAUAGCGCACCGGCUCUGAUCUACCAGAAGGAAGCUCGCUACUUGGCCGCCAACCGAGGCGCAAUCCACGAGGCACCCCUGCCGGGACACGCUUUCUCUCAGCAGCAGCUGAACCUGGAAGCUGCGCCAGGAUCAGACUAAACGCUUUUGUCCACUCCAUCAAUCUGGCCGCUUGUGUUCAUGCCAUGUGAAAAUUGCAUUAAAAUCUUGGCAGGAAGAGAGCUGUGGUGAUAAUAAAAUCG